AUGGGCCUGGUGUUGGUGGUGUCUUCUUCAGAGAGUUGCGUGCGUCUCUUGGUGAAUGCUGGAAUGACAAAGUCUAAAACAAGCUGGACUGCUGAUAAUGAAAGUUUAACUCAAAACCGUGUGUCUGUCUCAGCCUCCCUGCUUCCCAUCAUUGGUGCUGCGGUGUCAGCUGUGCUGCUCAUAUUGUCUGUCCUCAUAAUCAUCCUCCUGGUCAAGAGAAGACAAAAACAAAGGAAUAAGGAAACUCAAUUGAAGUGCUCUUUUAAAAAACGAGGAUCAGCUAAUACAUAUGCAGGUGGAUCCCAAGAUAACAAAUAUGAAGAUGAUGAUGAGGCUGAUUAUGAAAAUGUAGAACUUGAUGAAAACAUGGAUCACAAUGACUAUGAACAGGACUGUAUUAAUAUAGACUCUGAUCAUUCUGAAGAGGACGAUAUCAAUGUGGACGCAGAUGACUCUGAAGAGGACGAUAUCAAUGUGGACGUGGAUGACUCUGAGGAGGACUAUGUCAAUGUGGACACGGAUGACUCUGAAGAGGACUAUGUCAAUGCGAAUGUUACAAAGAAUAAAAGUGUGCUAGACAAAUCUGAUGAUAAUAUUUAUGAAAGCUGUUGUGCGUGAACCCAAAAUACUGUAAU